CACCGGGUCCAAGACCAAGACUGUCAGCCCAGGCAGGGAGACUGAUGAGCUAUGGAAUAGGUGGUACACCCACAGAACCUGCAAUCUGUCCUGAUUGCUCAACACAAGCUACAGACAUUCAGGAUUCAUACUCAACUGGACAGGAAGCUCAGGGAGCAACUUUUUGCAAAUCAUCACUAACUUCUUUUCAACUGAUAUAGGGGCCAAUCAGUUGCUUUCCUUUUCUAUAUAGUUUGCAUGUGUUUCUGCUUCUUUAGGCAACUAAAGAGAGACAGCUGACUUAUGUAUUUACAGUCAAGAAAGAAAAGCAAAUGACAGGCAAGGCCCAAGUGGUGUGGCAUUUACUGUCAAUAUAACGAGAGAGAAAUGAGAGAGAAGGAGCAAAGGCCACAGACCACAAUUCAAAAAGUGGGUAAAAACAGGCUCACAGAUGCAGAAGCAAAGGGUUGGACGAAAACAGAAUACUUUACAAUGAUAUGGGGAAGAGUUGGACUGAACAAGGGAAUGCAUGGCAAUCAGAACCUAUAUCUCAGAAAAUGUUCUGAUAUUUGCUAUCUAAAUUUCUCCAAUAUAUGGAAGAACUGCCAUUAAAAAAUUCUACAAGCAAACAAAAAUUAGUGGGCUGGGGGUGUCAGUUAAGUGGGGAUGAAUUCUGUAAUGUGGAAUCAACGGAAGAAUUGCUUCCUUUCUUUAUCUGUAGGGAAAACAAGUUGAGAUAGCAGACAAGAAAACCAGAGGUGAAAUUCUUGACUGUUGCUUCUGCGUUAGUAUCAGAAAGCUUUUCCUUGAAUAGACAUAGGAGGCAAAUCCUUACUAUGAAGCAACUCACAGAUGAAACUGUAGACCGGUACAUUCAGAAUAAGGUUGUCCUGAGACACUACAUGGUGUCCAAAACCGUGGGUGAGGUGCAAAAAAUCAUACAACAGUUGACCACAGAAAUUAGCAAGAUGGACCCCCGCUUUCAGGCAGUCUCCAGUUCUGGCAUUCACAAUGAUAACAUGAAGGUCUUGGGCCCCAGCCAGGUCCUUAUCACUGUCCCCUUGCUUGGCCUAUCUGGAUACCGAGAGGGCCAGGUACAGCACUGGCGUUACUAUACAGCACAUGGGGCGAAACUCCUGUCUCCUGUCAGGGACCCGGAGGAGCUGCAGCAGUGGUUAGAAGUGGAACAGUUCUCUAAGAGCCUCCAGCAGUGGCAUGAAGCAGAUGUGAACAUUGGGGGUGACCUUGUGCCUGCUAAAAUUUUUACAGUUUUUCGAGAACUUGUGGAAAAAUCUAUUGCAUCUUGUAAUCUCAGAGACAAAGUCAGCAUUUUAGAAGGCUUCAACUUGGUGGUCCAUAUUGCUGUUGAGAUACAUGAUUUCCAGGUGGAGGUUGAAAUGGUUCCAACAGCGGAGAUCCCAACUUGUUGGCCUCAGAAAAUCAAGUGGCCCCGGUGUUUUAAGCACUGGCCUUGCCAGGAAAAAGUACAAUGUGUUAAGUCUUUUGGCUUUGAUCUCUUAGCCUCUUCCAAUUAUCACUGGAACCUGAGCUUCUCACGAGCUGAGCACUUACUAAUGGAGGAACUUGAUGAAGAUGGUGGUUGCCGUACAACGUGCUUCCAGGUUUUGAGGCAGAUGAAGGAGGAUGUCUGGUGUUCAGGAAAUAGGCCAAUCCUCACAUCCUUUCACCUGCAGAUGGUACUUUUUUGGACCUGUGAGAAGUACCCUCAUGCCCAAGACUGGCACUGUUUCCACAAAAGCUUCAUACGGCUGGUCCGAAAGCUGCACAAAUGUGUGAGUCAGCAUUUCCUUAAGCACUACUUCAUGAAGGACACCAACCUACUGAAGUACACCAAUACCACAGACUUGGACAUGGUGGCAGGCAAGCUGGCCAUCUUCUUGGAGAACCCUGUGCUUCCCUUGGACUGAGAUGGAUGGAAAGGAGGGCUUCAGAAUGACUAUUCCCUUGUUCUCACAGACUCAUUCACUUUUGCAUUCACAGGAAGGGUUGUCUAAGAAACUCAAUCCAUGACUGAGACAUGUAAUGUGAAAAGGAGCUUUCAGGAUUUUCACUCAAGGGCGAAGUAUAUUUGUGUAUGUGAAUAUUGGCUUCCCAUGCUUGUGCCAGGCUAACUAGCCCACUUCUCCACAAUGGAGCACAGAAGUGAUCUUUGCUGACAAGAGAUCAACACAAGUUCUUUGUUUUUCUAUAUAUAAAGAACUCAUAACACUUAAUUUUGGUAAGAAUCUGUUAAGCAUCUUUUAAGGCUUCUCUUUUUGGCAAUGAAUUGAGGAAAGGGAUAAAUAAAGA